GGGACAUUUUGGAGUCCUACCAUAGCUGCCGGUGCUUCCACAUACCGUUACGAUAACUUUCAUGCUCAGGAUUCAAGAGGAAGUGAUCAUGGACCAGAAGACAUUGAUCGAGACCGCAGCAGGACUUUCUAUCAAUGAAGAGCUCGUUAGGCUUCUCGAGCAGCAACGACAUGAUUUGGCGGCCAUUCUUGAGGAAAUAGAAGCUGCUAACAAGGAAAGUAAGUAUAGCAUUGGGUUCAAAUUCAGAGACAGAUUGGCUGACGUCGCCCAAAGAUAACAGAAAGGUCUUGCAUUCCAUGGAAGCGUUGCGUAGAGACAUGAAGAGACAGGUGGAGCAAACCGUCGAAGACCAGCGCCGCUUGUCUAGGGGCCUGAAGGCUCAAAAUGAGCAUUUGGUUGCCCAAAAUCGAUCCCUCGAACGUCAGGUAAAAGAAAUGUCACUGCAAGCGGAGCCUUACGAAGGGGUGUAUUCCUUAGCUCAGCGCAGGAUUGUACUGCCACGCAAGAGCACCGCGAACUCGAGAUUGAACGACGUGGAAGAUGGGAAGCAGGAGAAAGGCAGAUUUUCGCGGAACGAGUGGCCUAUGAUAGUGGAUCUUUUGUCGGUCUGCCGUGUAGAUACCCGAGAGGUAGGGUGCUUUCGAUAGGCCGAAGGGCUGAUGGUUGGGAAGGCCCAGAAUGGGAAGAUUGCGAGGCAUAUCGAAUUUCCGUGCACUACUCGAGACACUCAUAGUAUUUAUGAAACUUUGUUAUAAACUAAUUGGAAUGAUUGAAGCAUGAUAGAAACC